AUGACCGUUCUCGCUGCGUUCAGGCGCAGGGAACGCAAGGACCAACCCACCGAAGCCAGAAUGGAGCAGGAAGUUCAGGAUCUUGAGGGCUCAGAAUUCUCUUCCAAGAGCCCAGGCGGGGCAGAGACCCCUGUGGAUGCGGAGAACUUCCAGUUGAAAGGAGAAACGGCCAUCAUUGAAAAUGAGAUACAUGAAAAUCCCGAGAUUGCCGCCCUACCGCUUUCUGUACGGCAUCUGAUCAAUCUGACCGAUGACCCGAAGCUACCGACAAUCACUUUCCGUUACUUUGUGCUCUCCGUCAUCUUUGUGAUCCCUGGGGCCUUCCUAUCGCAAAUGAGCUACUUCCGCACAACCAAAGCACCAUACUCGAUAUUCUUCGUGCAGAUCGCCUGUCAUUAUGCGGGUCAUUUCAUGGCCAGGGUUCUCCCUGACUGGAAGAUCGGAGUACCCGGCAGUCGGUUCUCUUUCAGCCUGAACCCAGCCCCUUGGAGCAUCAAGGAGCAUGUCUUGGUCACAUUGACUGCGGCUUCCGGGGCCACUUACAACUUGGGUUAUGCUCCCAUCGUUCUUGCAGAGCUCUGGUACGGUACCCGAGUCAAUCCGGCGGUCGCCAUAUUCUUCAUGCUUUCGAUCGUAUGGAUUGGUUACUCCUUCGCUGCUCUUGCCCGACAGAUCCUUCUACCAGAUCCCGAAUAUAUCUGGCCCCAGGCUCUGAUGCAGACAACAUUGUUUGAAACCUUCCGCAAAACAGACAACUCCUCGGCUCUUGCUCGGCGUCAGAUGAAAGUGUUCUUUUUGGCACUUGUAGGGAUGACUAUGUGGCAGUUCUUUCCCGAGUACGUCUUUCCGUUCACCUCAUCCCUGGCCUUCCUCUGCUGGGUGGCACCUCGCAAUCCGGUGGCCAACUUUAUUGGCUCGGGCAUGGGCGGUAUGGGCUUCCUCAACCUGACACUGGAUUGGUCAAAUGUCAAUUGGAAUGGAUCGUCUAUCAUGACCACCCCAUUCUGGACGCAGGUUAUUUUAUUCUUGGCAUUUGCUUUCAACUGUUGGGUCCUACUUCCUGCCGCGAAGUGGGGAAAUUUGGGCUCCUUCAAGCAUGGACUUAUGUCAAACAGCUUGUUUCUGGGUAAUGGGACAGCGUACCCAACUCUUCAGGUGCUCACUCCGGAUUUUCACCUGAAUACAACUGCGUAUGCGGAAUAUGGGCCGAUGUAUAUGGGUCUGCAAAAUGUAUGGGCGACAUUCUUUGAUUACGCUAAACUCCCGGCAGCUGUCACUUGGAUCUUGACCUUUGGGUACGCACAAGUUUCCAGGAACAUCCAGAGAGUUUGGUCAUCUCGCAAUGCAGAGAAAUCCGCAAAAGGUGAAAGCAUUCAUCACCAGUAUCACGACCGUCUUAACGUUAUCCAGCGCCAGUAUAAAGAGAUACCAUGGUGGUGGUAUGCUGCUUUAUUCUCUGUGGCAUUUCUCAUUCUGAUCGUAUUCCUUGCCCUUGGACAUCUCUUUAUCCCAAUCUGGACCUUAUUUGUGGCACUUGCCAGUGCAGCCGUCCUGGUCAUUCCAUUUGCGUGGCUCUACGCUAUUUCGAACUACCAGCUUGAAACCGGCUCUUUCAACGAACUCAUGUAUGGAUACAUGGUUCACACCAAAGCAGGAGAAGCCCAUCAGCAUCCCUGCGGUCCUUCUGUCUAUGGGUCUAUUGCGGGUGAUGCUUGGUAUCGCGCGCAAUACAUGCUGCAAGACCAAAAGAUCGGUCACUAUAUGCACAUCCCUCCCCGCACGGUGUUCUUUUCGCAAAUCUUUGGCACGUGCAUGGGCGUUCCAAUCAACUAUGCCGUCAUACGUUGGGUAAUGAGCACCAAAGGGGACUAUCUCACAGGCAAGAAAACCGAUCCACUGAAUCAAUGGACCGGUCAGUCCCUGCGGACCUCAAACACAAUGGGAGUUCAGUACGCGGUGCUUGGUCCAAAGCGGCUGUUUGCUGAGACGGAAAUGGCUGUCCUCCCCUGGUCAUUCCUGAUAGGCGCGGUCAUUCCUCCUAUUCUUUUUUGUUUCCAUCGAUAUUUUCCACGACUUCGCAUUGAUCUGUGGAACGUGAGUAUCUUUUUUGGAGGACUGGCGAUGUUCUACGGUAACAUCAGUACUGGCUACACAUCUGCCAUCAUUGGCGGCUAUGUUGUGAUGUAUUGGGCUUAUCGUCACCAUUUUGAGGUCUGGAAGCGAUAUAACUACCUGAUUGCUGCUGCUUUUGAUGCUGGAUUUAAUCUCAAUAUGCUGCUCAUCUUCUUCUUUUUUGGAGCCGGCAAGCAGAUAUCGAUGCCUCACUGGUGGGGGAAUGAUGCAACAUCUGUGGAAAGAUGCUUUGCUCUCGACAAGUGA